CUUCCGCCCCACCACCUCCUCCCACCUCAGCAUCCAUGGCGCCCUCGACGGCCUCCAAGAAGCGCGCCGCGCCUACCGGCCCGUCGCCGGCGGCGCGGCUCUGGCUCAUCGCCUACAACCUCGUCUCCUUCUUCCUCUGGGCCCUCGUCCUCAGCGUCACGCUCAAGCACCUGCUUCUGGGCCCGCAGACGGCCGCCGCGCCCACCCGCUUCGCCGAGCGCGUCCUCGAGCGGCUGCGGCCCCUACGCGGCGCCGUCUACACGCCGCGCCUGGCCGCCAGGCUGCCGGCGCCGCUGCGUGUGCUGCUGCAGCGCAGCAGCACGCUGCACGCCCACGUCGGCGGCCUCGUCGCCUUUACCCAGUCGCUCGCCGUGCUCGAGAUCCUCCACGCCGCCACGGGCCUCGUGCGCAGUCCCGUGCCCACGACGACGAUCCAGGUCUUCUCGCGCCUCCUCCUCGUCUGGGGCGUCUCGGAGCGCUUCGAUGCCGCCGCCUCGAGCCCCUUCUACGCCAGCAUGAUUCUCGCAUGGAGCAUCACCGAGUGUGUGCGCUACCCCUUCUACGCCGGAGGCCUGAUGGGCAGUGAGGGCGAGGGAUUGCUUUGGGCCCGCUACACGCUCUUCUACAUCCUCUACCCGCUCGGCGCUGGCUCAGAGGCGCAGCUCAUGUUUUCGACGCUGCCCAAGAACUGGUUCUGGCAGAAGGGAGCAGUGUGGGGUCCCGUCGACUACGUCUUCCUCGCGCUUUACGUCGCCUGGUGGCCCGGCCUGUACGUGAUGUACACGCACAUGAUGCGCCAGCGUCGUCGCGCGCUCGGCAAGGGUCUGUGGGGCGACAAGCGCACGCAGAUCAAGGUGGCGGAGAAGCAGCGCAAGGGGCAAUAAGAGGCUGCGGGGCCGGAGAGCAAGAGAGUGCACAAAGGGGGCUUGAGGGCGUGCAGGAGGGGAAACACGCCUUCGAUUGUGCGGCGGCGCAGCGCCAUGCUGCGUCUACUACGGGAAACAUGGCGCGCGCGAAGGAGCGAGAGCGUGCGGCAGGAGGCUGAGAAAAUGCGGCUCUGCUCUGCCUGCUACCGCAAUGGACGCACAUGCUUCACCGCACGAGCCAGAGACUGAGACUCGACUCGGCCAGGCCGCCUCUUUGUUUCGCGGGAGACGAUGUGAUUGCGGCGGUCAGCUGGGUGGUGCGUGGGAGGUACAUCGCAUGGCGUG